CAGCUGUUCCAGGCCAUGACGCAUUGGUUUCACAGAAAUCCUUUGAAGGCCACUGCGCCUGUUUCCUUCAGUCUGUAUGGAGUAGCUGCAAGUACUGGUGCUAAUAAGAUAUGCAAUGACCUGAAGUCAGCACGAGCACGGCUGUUAGAACUGUUAACAGAUGUCACCGCUAAUGCUGAAAUGAUGAAAAAUGCUACAGAUGCAUACUUCUCACUUCUACAAGGCUUCAUACUUUCUCUGGAUGGUAUAGCACAAGAAAACAAGCUGCACUUCAUUCAGAAUUUUAAAUGGACUGACACCUUGCAAGGGAACACUCCAAGAUUAUUUGGGGUGACAGAAAAGCAACUGGGGGAAAGAGUUCUGCAGUUAUUUGAAGAAAAAUGUGAAGUUCUUGAAAAAAUAUCAGAAUUGAAACAGAAGAUUAAGGAAAGUGAACAGCAGUUAGUGGAGUCUGAGAAAACAAAAUCCUCUUCUGCCCAUGAAAAUGAAAAACUUCAGGAAGCAUUUAAAGCUUUACAAAAAAAUAAUGAAAACCUGAUGGAAAAGCUCAGGACACUGCAGUCUGCUGUAGAAGAAGAAAGGAGAAAGAACCUGCAUCAAGAAGAAAGAUUGUCUGACACUCAAAAGUCAUUCAAGAAGCUUCAGAGUUUAAUUAAUUCUAAGAGUGCUGAACUGUCAAAGGUACAAACUUGUUUGGAAGAGGCCAGACUAAAAGAAGCAGCAGUAAAAGCUGAACUGCAAUCUGUGUUGAAAGAAAACAACACUUUAAAAGACAGUAACAAAAAUCUAUUGAAAGAGGCCAGAAGCUGGGAAGAGCAAUACAGAGAACUUUCUGAGCAAAUGAAAACACUCCAGAAGAGUCAGAAAGAUUCAGAAGACACUAUUGCACGUAAAGACAAUGAAAUAAAGGUUUUGUCCGAUUGCAUUACUGAGUUAAGACAGCUUGAAACCGAAGCUAAAUGUGAGACUGUGGAGUUGCAGAAAGGAGAUGCCAAGUCCAAUGAAGAAACUCAAGGUAAAAAGAAUGAUGCCAUGAAGAACAAGAUAAAACAGAUGAUGGACAUAAAGACAACUCUGACAAUUGUUGAAGGAGAACGAGACCGAUAUAAGGCAAAACUACUGGCUGAAGAAAAUUCCAGACACCAACUGGAAGAGCAAAUACAAAAGCUGGAGCAUGGUCAUGCUUCUUUGAAAAGCGAGAAGUCCCAUCUCGAAAUUGAAUUCAAGACCAUGGAACAGAAACUGGACAUCAUGGAUAAGUUGUACCAACAGAAAGAGAAUGCACUCCAGCAAAAACUAACACAGGAAGAGUAUGAGCGUCGUGAAAAGGAGCAGAAACUAUCUGAAGUCGAUAGCAAGGCUGUGCAAGCACGAGAAGAAUUAAAGAUUUACAAGCAAAGAAUUCAAGAAAUCGGGGAGGAAUUACAAAAAACAGACCGCUUUUAUAAAAUUCAGAUUGCAUCUUAUGAAAAGAAAGCACAUGAAAACUGGCUUAAUGCACGAGCUGCUGAAAGGACUUUAGUGGAAGAGAAGAGAGAAACUUCAAACCUAAGACAAAA